ACAACCCACAGCUGAACUAUACUUCAGUUCCUCAGUUCUAUAUUUUAACAGAGACAGAAACUCAGUUCCUGAAUUUUUUUUUCCUCCAAGUGUUUCUGAAAGAAUUGAGAGAAGUUUUUAUUCUACCAUGUAUAUCCAAGGACUAGCUCUAACCAGUGAAGGAUCUAAUAAACUGGAUUUUCUUUCAUGUUAGAAAAAUAAGAUGGAAAUGUCAUUGGUUUUAUUUUCUCAAUUAAGAAUGGGUGAAUCAAAAGAAAAAACUUUUUUCAAGUUAGUACAUGGUUUGGGAAAAGAAGAAGCAAGCAAAGAAGCCAAAAUCAGAGCUAAGGAAAAAAGAAAUAGACUAAGUCUUCUUGUGCAAAAACUUGAAUUUCAUGAAGAAACCCACGCCAGUAGAUCUGGGAACUUGGCCAAAGAGACAAGAAUCUCCCCUGAAGAAGCAAUGAUAUGGAGUGAAUCUUUUGAGAAAUUGCUUUGUCAUAAAGAUGGGCUGAAAGCAUUUACCAGAUUUCUUAAAACUGAAUUCAGUGAGGAAAACAUUGAAUUUUGGAUAGCCUGUGAAGAUUUCAAGAAAUGUGAAGACCCUCAAAAAAUCAUCCUGAAAGCAAAAGCAAUAUAUGAAAGAUUUAUACAGACUGAUGCUCCACAAGAGGUUAACCUUGAUUUUCAUACCAAAGAAGUCAUUGCUAAGAGCAUAACCCAACCCACACGCAAUAGUUUUGAUGCUGCACAGAGCAGAGUGUACCAACUUAUGGAACAAGACAGUUACACACGUUUUCUGAAAUCUGACAUCUACUUAGACUUGAUAGAAGGAAGACCUCCGAGGCCAACAAAUCUUAGAAGACGAUCACGCUCAUUUACCUACAAUGAAUUCCAGGAUGUUAAAUCAGAUGUUGCCAUUUGGUUAUAAAGCAAUUACUGUUGCUCAUUUUGUUGACAAACUUACAGAUCCUCUUUUAAGACACAGAAUAUUACUGUCAUAAGGGGAUACAUCCUUCAAAAAUAAAACACAUCAGGUGAAUGAAUUUUAAAGAUGCCCAUCAAAACCUUGAUUUCAAGAAUGUAUACUGAAUUUGCCAACAUAGUAUAUAAAACUUUUUCCAUUGGUAAUCAGAAAAUGCUAUUACUUAGUUGAAGUAAUACUCUUUUUUACAAUAUUCUUAUGUUAAGUAAAUGUUACUUUUUUCUUUUUGCAAAAUUUUAAAUUUGACCAAAUGCCUACUUUGAAUCUUAUUUCUAGAUGUAAACAACAUAAUUCUUAGAUAUAUACAUAUUCAGACAAGUUUCUAUAAUGAUGAAUUCUCUCUCUUUCUCUUUCUGAAAAUCAAUUCUCUGUAAUACGACAUGAUGAUUA